UGCACGGUGAACAAGUCGGAUUCCGCAGUGCUUACGCGAGUGCGGUUCCGUGAAGAGGCAGCGCGAACGUCAUCGUCGACGGAAAUCAACGAUCGGCACACGCCCGCGUCUUAUCAUCUCUUAAUAACUUUGACAACAACUGAUCCACAAAAGGCCUUCCUCCAAAAAGGUCGAUCCGCGAGAGCGAAGGCUGACUGUAACUGACGAAAAAAAAAAAUAAAUCAAUCAAUCAAUAAAACGAAACGUCAACACAAGACAUGGCGAACGAGAGGCAAUUUACGAGGAGCGAAGUCGCGAAGAACACCGACAAGGACACUAUGAUGUUCAUCAUUCACGACAAAGUGUACAACGUUCACAGCUUCCUCAACGAGCAUCCGGGUGGCGAGGAAGUCCUUCUGGAUCACAGAGGCAUAGACGCCUCCGAGGACUUUGACGAUGUCGGGCAUUCGAACGACGCUAUGGAGCUGAUGAAGAAGUAUCGGGUCGGCGUGCUCGUCGAGUCGGAAAGGACGAAUCAAAUGCCGAAGAAGGGCUGGGUGGCAAAAUACUCGAAAGAGCAGAAAAAUAACGGACGUGGCCUGUCUUUUUAUCUGCUCGUAGCCGGAAUCGCACUCGGAGCGGUCAUCGUAUUCUAUGCUUUUUAAAGAUAAUUAAAACAAUUGAUCGAUUUCAUUGGAUGAUUGUAUACGCGACGCGAGAGUGCUGUGAAUGUGUGACGAACUGUCGAAUUGCAUAGAAUACAAGAAUAUUUUCACAUCAUUCUCUAUUGCCUUAUAUGUCGUUUUAUGAAGGUGUAUCUCUAAGUAAUUAAUUUUGGUUCGAAGGGAGAGAUUUUCGUCUCGCAAAUUUGUAUUUCUCUAAAGCGAUUAAUGUUUAAAAUUUUGAUAAUGCCUUAGUUUAUUAUCCAUCCAUGUAAACAGUAUGCAAUAUUUAUACAUAAAUAUAUUUUGUAAAUUAAA